AUGCACUUAAUGAAUAAGCAUCUGGCUGCCAACUUCGAGGUCAUGAGUUCAAUCGCUUUCUUGGAUUAUGCUUUGGUUAUAAAGCAGAUUUUGCACUUUAAUAUUACAACAAAAGGUCAUUCAAUUUUUGAUACCGACAAUUUGUAUCGUCUUGAAGUAUUUGACGUUGUGUUGCCAUCUUGGGUGCGUGAUAUGCAUCUGAUACAGUACAUUUUAUCACCGGGGGAUUGGAGGGGUUGUGACAAUGCUGUUCUAUGGUGGAUGUAUCACUGA